AUGUCCGAACCCACAGCAACCGAACACCACCCCAAAUUUCAAAAUCGAAAACCGGAACAGGAUGCCGUCGCCUAUGAGAUGCAAACAUAUACACGCGGACUAGACUUUGAACGCCCACCGCUCACAUUCCAGGCCGAUAAAUGGGAAGAGUUGGCUUGUAGUCGCAUGUCUGCCGACUCCAAAGGCUACGUCUAUGGGUCAGCCGGCGUAAGAGAAACAACGGACAAGAACCGCAAUGCCUUCAGAAGAUGGUCCAUCGUGCCAAAUCGCCUAGUAAAAUAUGACGGUUUCCCCGACCUGACGACCGAGAUCUUCGGAGAGAAAAUGGUAGCACCUAUAGCCAUGGCACCUGUCGGCGUACUCAAAAUCUUCAAUCCCCAAGGCGAAGUUGCCGCCGCAAAGGCCGCAGCCAAAGAAGCCAUUCCAUACAUUCUCAGUACGGCCAGUAGUACAAGUAUAGAAGACACAGCUGCAGCCAACGGCUCCGACGGCCAACGCUGGUACCAACUCUACUGGCCCUCACGCGAACACGACGACAUCACAAUUUCCCUACUGCAGCGCGCAAAGAAAUCCGGUUUUACAGCUCUCUUCGUAACCCUAGAUACGUAUAUCCUUGGCUGGCGGCCCGAAGACAUGGAUAACGGGUAUAACCCUUUCAUGCGCGCUGAUCGUACGGGUGUGGAACUCGGUAUGACGGACCCUGUAUUCCAGAAACAGUUUAAAGAGAGGCAUGGCGUGGAUGUGGAGAGUAAGAUGGAGGCUGCGGCACCGGAAUGGAUGAGGACGAUUUUCCCGGGGAGAGCCAUAAGCUUGGCUGAUGCGAGGAAGGCGGUGGAGGUCGGUGUGCAGGGCAUUGUUGUGAGUAAUCAUGGUGGGAGGCAGCUUGAUGGCGGAAACUCUUCGUUGGGCGUGUUGCCACAUAUUGUUGAUGCUGUUGGUGAGAAGUUGACGAUCUUCUUUGACAGUGGGGUUCAAUCUGGUGCUGACAUCGCGAAAGCAAUGGCGCUGGGUGCGGACUGCGUGCUAGUUGGUAGGCCAUACGUGUAUGGCCUAGCGCUCGCAGGAGAGAGGGGUGUGGAGCAUGUGCUCAAGAGUUUGGUCGGUGAGCUGGAGCUGACAUUACAUUUGAGUGGUAUUCAGAGUGUGCAAAAGAAGGACCUGAAUCGGAGCUUGUUGAUUAGGGAGGAUGCACUUUUUGAGGGAGUGAAGGGAGUGGGACUGCACUAG